AUGUUUCUUCAAACUCCUAUUAUCUUCCUCAUCACCUUCUUAGUUCUUCCCGUUCUUGCGAUAUCAGAAGCGGUUAAAUGGGAUAUCAUCUAUAAGCUUGCCUGGUUAUUUGGUUGUUGCAUCGGAGCCUGCAUCGGGCUCUGCAUCAGAAAAGCAAUACAGGAUUGCAAAAAUGAGGGAGCGCAACGAAUGCAAACUAUACAAACUGUUCAGUACAAAGUGUGA